AGCGAGAAUCACACAAACACUCCUCUUGGUUGUAUGUACCAAAGAAUUUGGUGAAAUUCAAUUCGUUUGUCGACUUUGUCGAUCGUUGGAGGCCCAUCGAGCGGAUGAUAUCCGAAUUCCUUGGAACGUAUUUUUCGUAUUAUUUUCGUUCCUUUUUAGGUUGCGAUAGUUCAAAGUGCCAUGUCAACAGACUGUGAGGUUCCAAGUGCAAACUAUGAACUAGGUUGUUCUGAAACCGGUGAAGGAGUUGAAAAAGGUGAACAAGCGUCGUCGCCAGAAGGUGGCGAAACAAAGAAGAAAGCUAGACGUGGCAGACGGGGCAGGAAAAAUAAGAACAAACCUGAUCUAAAUGAAGGAAUCAAUGAAGAUGUUGAUAAUUUCUCAAGGGACACAAUUAUUGACGCUAUUUCCAAAGUAGCUAUAUCAAGUUGCGAAAUGCUAGAUGUUGUCCUCAAUACAGACACAGUCGUCAAGCUGACAGCUUCAGAUUCUGAAGAUCCUAAUGCAGACAGCCUGGAAAAAUAUUUAUCAGAUGAAAUAGAGAGCUUGCGUUUGAAUCUUGAGCCUGUUUCACUACACAACAAGAAUAAAGAAGGUGAGAAAAGUGAAGGGGACAAUUUUACUGUUGAAAUCGUGUCUGGAGAAGAACUUGGUUUCGAUAAGCAGAAGGAGAAAAGAGUUCGAAACAGAAGAAAGAAGAAGUCUGAGAAAGCUAAGGAAGCAAACACUGCAGGAGCCACAGAAAGUGACAAAUCUCUGUCUACUACAAAAAGCACUCCAGAUAGGAAAUCAAUAGAGAUAGAGCGUAAAGGAAAGAGUCCCAAGCUCGCAAAAAGCCCCUCCAAGACUUCCAACAAAGCAUCAAUUUCCAAAACUAAACCACCCAGGAAGAGCUUAGGUUCUGAAAACAUGGAAAAUGAAAAGUUUCCGGAUUACAUGCCAGAUGAACUUGUCAAGGCUGGUUUAGAGGAUGGAUCCAUUGUGAAGGGUGCUUUGAGGAUAAACAAAAAGAACUUCCGUGAAGGCUACAUUAAAGAUCCCAUUGGUGGAUUGGACAUAAUGUUGGACGGUGUGAAAGCCCGAAACCGAGCUCUUGAUGGUGAUGAAAUUGCCGUUAAAAUUCUUCCUCAAGAAACCUGGAAGAGUUGUGAUAGAGGAGUUCAAAAAUGUGGUGAAGUUGUGGCCAUCCUGCAGAAAAUGCAUCAUCGUAAGGCGGCUGGCUGCCUUACUCCGAUGAAGAAGCAAAACUCUGUGUUUGCCCUUUUUGUACCCAAGGAUUAUAGAAUGCCAAGGAUUCGAAUUCCCAUUUCUCAGUGCCCUGAAAAAUACAAAGAUACUCCUGAAAUGACAUACUUAGCUGAGAUAUUCCUCUGGCAAGAAACAACAUUUGCCUAUGGGAAUUUGCUGAAAGUAAUAGGAAUGCCAGGUUCUAUUGAGAUUGAAACUGACGUCAUACUGCUAGAUAAUGGUCUGGAUGUGACUCCUUACGACCCUUCAAUGAACAAAUACUUUCCCAAAUCCCCAUACAAAAUUCCGGUAUCAGAGUUCAUGUAUAGAGAAGAUUUGAGGAAACAGUGUAUAUUUACCAUUGAUCCAUCCACUGCUCGAGACUUGGAUGACGCUGUUUCAUUCAAAAAGCUGGAGGGCGAAGAUAGCUAUGAGAUUGGGGUUCACAUAUCUGAUGUCGCUUAUUUUCUCUCUGAGGACACCCCCUUAGACAAAAUAGUGAAACAAAGAGCAACUACCACUUACCUUGUGCAAUCAGUGUUCCAUAUGCUACCUGAAGAUUUAUGUAUGCUCUGCUCACUUACACCUGGGGAGGAUAAACUUGCCUUCUCUGUCUUUUGGAAAGUAAAGCCAGAUUUCUCGAUUGGAGAGCCGCGGUUCACCAGAUCUGUGAUCCACAGCUGCUGCAAAAUGUCAUAUGAGCACGCUCAAGCCAUCAUUGACGCACCGGAUGAUAAAGAGUGGGAAGAGCACGAGCUGCCCAAGAUUUUAAACUCAUUUUCUGUCAAUGAUGUGGUCAGUGUUGUUAAGGGCUUGAGACCAAUUGCAAUGAAUCUCCGAGCGGGAAGGUUCAAAAAUGGUGCCCUGAGGAUCGACCAGCCUAAAAUUUCUUUCAGAAUUGAUGCCGAGACCGGACUACCUACCGAGUUUAACAUCUACAAAAAUAUGGAGUGUCAUCGGCUCAUUGAAGAGUUGAUGUUACUUGCAAACAUAGCUGUGGCAAAUCGACUGUUUGAGCACUUCCCUGAUAUUGCCAUGCUUCGAAGCCAUCCUUCCCCACAUGAGACGCUGAUGUCGGAGCUUAGCGCAUCUCUGCAAGCUCAUGGAAUUGAUCUAGAUGUUAGCUCCUCUGGUGCUAUUCAUUCCUGUCUUGAAAAAUAUUUGUCCAUGGAAGAUGUUGAGAAAAGAGCGAUUGGAUAUGGGCUCUCUACAAUGUUGGCAAAGCCAAUGGCUCGGGCCAAGUACAUUUGCUCGCUAGAUACAAAGGCUGAAGAGCAGUGGCAUUACGCCCUGAGCGUGCCUCUCUACACGCAUUUCACAUCUCCCAUCAGACGAUACGCCGAUGUGAUUGUCCAUCGUCUUCUGGCUGCCUCCCUCAAGUACACCCCAAAUCCUGACUGGCAACCUGAUGAUGUUGCCCGAAUUGCAAGCAACUGUAAUGGAAAGAAAUGGUCAGCCAAAGCUGCUGGUGAGCAAAGUACUGAACUCUUCCUCGCGAUCUACUUGGGAAUGAAUGGCGGCAUGGUUGCAGAGGCUGUCAUCCUCUCUGUUUUGGACUACAGCUUUGAUGUCCUAGUAAUUGACACAGGCACAUCACACCGUGUUUACACAAAUAAACUGGAUAAAAGGAUGGUUAGCGUUCACCAUGAUAUAUCAAAGAAGACUGCUACGAUUAAAUGGCAUCAGCCAGACAAAUCUGUACAGAUGGUCAAGGUUUUUUCUGUCAUUUAUGUUGAGCUGAAGAAAGGCAAUGACAAGAAGAUAAUGUGCAGCUUAACUAAACCACCUUGUAUCAAUGAGUGAAUUAAAUGUACAAGUUCUGAUUGCAAUUAUUUCCUCAAAGAGAUCAUGAGCUCACGCUUUGAGGCGUGACAAUCACGAUCACAAAAUUAAGUUAAUUCAUUUUCUACUCGGAAAGCCAUGUCGGCACAGUAUUGUCAUGCAUUAUCAUUUUUGGGAUAUUUUAAAACUUGAAUUAUUCCUGUUGGGAACUUUAUUUACAAUUUAGCAGCGUACAAUAAAAUAAUGCAUACAACGCUCA